AUGUUUGGAUUAGGUGGUGGUGGUUUUGGUGGCCAAGGAUUCGGUGGCGCCGGAGGUUUCGGUGGUCAGGGUGGAUUUGGAGGCUUUGGUGGUAAUAGCUUCGGUUCAGGAAUGCAAAGAGCAUUUAGCCAGGGAAUGAGCCAGCCAUCCAACUUUGGAGGAGCCGGCGGUUUCCACCACGGGGGUGGAAUGCAUGGUAUGCACAAUGGCAUGCAGAGCAGCAUGCAGAGCGGCAUGCAAGGCGGUAUGCCGGGUGCUGCUAUGCAAGGCGGCAUGCAAAGCGGCAUGCAGAGCGGAUAUGGUCAAGGCAGUGGAUACGGCAGUGGUUAUACCUCGGGCCAGCAAGGCGGCCAAUCUUCUGGUGCACAAGGUAGCCAAGGUGGCUACAGCAGUUACCAAGGAGGCUAUGGCCAAUGA